UGGCUGAAAGCAGUUCUCCGUGCGCGCGCCUGCCCGUUAGGUUGCUGGGCUCCUGGCGCGGGGCGGCGAGUCCUCCUCCUCCUCCUCCUCCGCUCUCUCCUCCCUCUCAUUUCCCCUCCGCCCCUUUUCCCUUUCCCCGCGCUUUGUUGGUGCCUUUCCCGGGAGGGUGGUAGUGGUGGUGGCGGCGGUGGUGGCCGGCGGCGAUGCCUGAGUUCCUGGCGGAUCCGUCGGUGCUGACCAAGGAGAAGCUGAAGAGCGAGCUAAUCGCGAACAAUGUGAGCCUGCCGGGCGGCGAGCAGCGCAAGGACGUGUAUGUGCAGCUCUACCUGCAGCAUCUCACCGCCCGCAACCCGCCCGCCGCCGUGCAGCCCGACUUCUCCAGCGACGAAGAGCGGGAGCCCACGCCUCUAGGCGCCAGGAACCGCGGCGCUGCCCCUGGGCGGAAGGCCACAAAGAAAACUGACAAACCCAGACCAGAGGAGAAGGAUGACCUAGACAUAACAGAGAUGAGUAAUGAAGAUCUUCAAGAGCAACUUAUGAAGUAUGGACUAAAUCCUGGUCCAAUUGUAGCUACUACUAGGAAACUUUAUGAGAAAAAACUAUUGAAACUGAUGGAGCAAGGCCCAGAACCAAAGGCACCCGUGCCUCUCCCAGUGAUUUCUUCAGCUACAGAUAACACAAGGCAGAAUGGAAGUAAUGAUUCUGACCAGUACAGUGACACUGAAGAAGAUCCGAAGACUGAACUGAGGCUUGAGAAGAGAGAACCAUUGAAAGCCAGGACAAAGACUCCAGUAGCACUCAGACAAAGAAGAGCUGUUGACCACAACCAGACCUAUUCUCAAGAUGGAGUUACUGAGACUGUCUGGACAAGUGGAUCUUCAAAAAGUGGACCUCUGCAGGCAUUUUCUAGGGAGUCUACAAGAGUAUCAAGAAGAACACCAAGGAAAAGGGUGGAAGCUACAGCACAGUUGACUGUAGAUGAUGCUGUAAUAUCAGAGAGUACUCCCAUAGCUGAAACUAUACUGACUGCAAGCAACGAGACCCUAGUUGGCAGUAGGGUGACUGGAAAUUACAAGCAUGCAGUUCCUACGCUGUCAGUCAGUGAACUCUCAGACAUGCCCAGAAGAACACCAAAGAAACCAUUGAUGACAGCUGAACAAGAAGAGACAGAUUGCCUACCUCAGUACUUUUUUAAUCAUGUUGGCCACAACCAAUCCUGUGAUCUGCUCAACACAGCCAUGAUAGAGGUGCUGGAGAGAACUCAUACAGAAGAACGAAGAGUAGAAAGGGAUAUUCUCAAGGAAAUGUUCCCUUAUGAAGUAUCAACACCUACAGGAAUUAGUGCUAGCUGCCGUAAACCCAUCAAAGGAGCUGCUAGCCGGCCUAUAGAGCACAGUGACUUCAGAAUGGAGGAAUGUUUCUCUAAGUAUGCUCCAAAAUACGGUACCUCAACUGACAUCAAGUUGGAGAAACCACCAACAAAAAAACGCUCCAUUCCCCUGUGGAUAAAAGUUCUUCUCUUUGUUGUCAUUUCAGUCUUCUUGUUUUCAGUUUAUCAGUCAAUGGAAACUAAUCAAGGAAAUCCUUUCUCUGAGUAUCUGAGUAUUAUCCAUCAGGGUGGUACCAAGUGAGUACCUUCUGAAAGGCACACGCAAUUUGAUCUCCUGUUUUUAAUUGUAGAGAACUCUUCUGCCCUCUCAUCGGCUCAAGGACUUCUUACAAAUAAUGUGAUUGGAACAUGAUAAAUUGGAUAAAGGAAGAAAGAUAAUACUAAAUGGACAUCAGUCACUUUCUGGAUUUGGACUAGUAGGAGAUCACUGCCAUAGGAGUAACAUUUUUUUAAAUCUUUGAACUUUUUGUAGGCUUUAUUUUUUUAAUGUGGACAUCCUUUAAAUUCAUUUUUUGAGAAAAUGUAUAUUUGUUUUUGCAAGAACUUGGAAGCUGAGAAGGGCAAAAACGUAGUAAAAUGUGAAGCUGUGUUUUUAAAGCUUUUCCUUUGUACAGAAAAGAGGUUGUACUUCUGUCUCUAUAUAGAUUAUUGUGGAGGAGGAUUUUAACACAGGUGAUAAAGGGAAAUGCUUUUUUGAAUGCAUUUCUUUCAGUAACCAUGUAACUGAAUUUGAUGUCUUCUAGGAUGUAGGGAGAGUAUGACAACCUUUUCUGUAGAUUACUGUAAUUUUUUAGUAAAUGUAACUGUAAACCUGUUUGCAUUUCUGUAAAAGUCUUGGUAUCAUAUUAGUAACUCCGUUUAAGUGUAACUUCAUUUAAAUGUAUCACUUUGUUUUAGUGCUUACAGUGUUGUAGGAGCUGAAUACAAACCUAAUUGGCAAGAGAUGUCUUAGAGGAACUUAUUUAUUAGUAAUAUGUGUGGAAAAUAAAAUUUGCAUCAAUAUAAUUUACUACUAAAAUACUUCUUUGGGUCAGAGUUGUUAUCUGAAGUAGUCUAAAUUUUGACGUUAGCAGUGGUAUUUUUUAUUUUAUUUUAAGUGAGGUCUUUCCAACACAGCUUUUGAAUAUUCAUGUAGAAAAGCAUUCUCAAAGUGUGAAAAUUCCAUAUGAAGUUUUAUUCUUGUAUGAAGAGGGCAUUGCUGCAUUUUCUGCUACAAUUUCAUCUUCUGAGGUGAGAUUUACUACUUUCAUGCAAUUGAAUAUUUUUCUCAGUGGAAGCAUGCUGAAACACUCUAUAUUGUGUAACUUAGUUGAUCGGGCAGCUGACUUCACUACUACCAAUGAAGAGUGAUAAGCAACAAUUUUUCAAAGUGAAUGUAUACAUUUUGGUGUGCUUAAAAUCUGCAGCAUCCAGAUGUUCAGUCUUACUGCUUGGUACAAAAUCGCAAUAAAUCAUACUAAUUCUUGAAGUGCUACUUAUAAAAUGCUGAGAACAUUAGUUAAUAGUCAUUAUCUUUUUACUCUAGGUACAGUUAUUGCAUAGGCUAUAGCUAUGGAGAAGCUUUACUUUCUGUGAACUUUGGGACAAACAUGGUAAUUUGUAGCAAAGCAAUAGUUUUGGGGGUUUAUUUCUGUUAAGAUUAGUUUUUGUUUUUCCUUUUAAUCUGCCUUUCUAAUAAUCCAAAUAGCUAAACUUGUGUCCAUCCUAUAGAAAAUUGUAACAUAAGACAUUCACUUCUGGUGUCAAAAUGCAGAAAAAUAAAAAUGAUUUUAAUGUGUGUGGAUUUUCCUUAUCAAAAUAAAUUCAUUGCUGAAAAGCAGCAAGACA